AUGCGUUUCUACUUGCUAUAUAAGAAUCAUGGACUCUACGAUCCAGUCCUUGAUGACACAGAGUAUAUAUAUGUCCCGAUAGAUCCAUAUUACCUUGAAACUAAUAAAGGAGAUAAUGGGACGACUCAGAACGCAGAGACAAAAACGUCAGAAUCUACAGUUAAAAAUGGCACGUCUCCCCUAUAUAUACCCGAAAAUGAAAAAACUAAAUUUAAAGCUAAUUUCCAUGAAGCAUUACUCAAACUUAGUGCUGGUGAUUUACCAGAAACAGCCAGGUUUAAACUUCCUAUAUCUGAAGAAUAUGAUCCGGAUGGAAAGAAAAUUACGAAGCUGCAGAAAUUAUACACCAACAAGAUGAUGGCAGUUGAUCUUAAAACGAUAAUGGACAAAAUAACAGAAGAAGAAUGCAAAACUGUAGAAGGAUUAGAAAAAACAUAUAAAGAUAUAUUAGAAACCGAGUUAAAAUCUCAACAACAAGAUGAACUGACCAAAAAAGAACUUAAAUAUUCACAUGAAAUAAAAGAUCUCAAUUUAGAAUCUUUAAAAAACACUGCGUCGCGUAUUGUUAAUGAUAGCAUUGAUAAAGCCGUUUCUGUGGCUACGCAAAUGACACAUAAAGUUGAUCUCGAAACACUACAGCAAAUAAAAGGCUGUAAUCAUAAAUUAGACAUACACAACGAGUACUUAGACGUUAAAUCUUCGAAACAAUCGAAAGCAGAAAAAAGUAAAGCUGACUUAAAGCUGAUUAAAGAUAACUGUGGAAAAGAUGAAUUGACUACUGAAGAACAAAAAGAAAGGCCUAAUGUUGCUGAAGAAGUUAAAAAGUUUGAAUCAUUCGAAACCUCGAUGGAUUCAAAAGUCAAUUUAGAAGAAAGAAAAUUAUGGACAAAGCAAGAUAUAGAAGAAACAAUAGAAGAGGGAACUGUUCGACGUAGAUCAGAAAUGUUUGCCAAAGAAAUGAAAUCGUCGGAAAAAAUGACUAAAAAAUCUGAUGUUUUGUAUGAAAAUUUUUAUAAUACAGAUAGUCAUCAUGAAAGAAAACAAUCUCUGUCAAAUUUUGAAACAACUAAAGUUCACAAAACUGUUAGGGAUUUAAGUAGUGAUAUUAAAAAGGCAAAAGAAAAGGCUUUUUUGCUAGGAUUACAAACUGUGCCUCGUCUACAAGCUUUAUGUUCGUCAUCUAAAUCUAAUUUAUUAAUGCGAAUAUUUUUCUUGCAAUUGACUAAAAUCAUGGUGGCAUUAUCAAAAUAUUUGAUGUUAGAACAAACAAUAGCUACCAUACCUCUAGAAAGAACUAUAACAAUACAGCAAAAGGUUGACGACGAACAACAAAAAAAUGAACAUAGUAAGAAUAAAGACGAAACUGAAAAUAAACUUCAAGAAGAUACAAUGAAUAAAGGAGAAGAAAUUCCUGAAAACUCGUCUUAUGAAUACACCAAAGAUUAUUAUAGUUCAAAUUCAAAGAAAAUGAACUUUGAAGGAGAGAUAAUAAAAAAAGAGAAGUUAUCAGGUGCUAAAAUAGCACAAAUUGAAGGAAACAAACCUGCAGAGUUGACAGAUAAAAUGAAUGUUGUUAUUUCAGAACUGCAACGUAAAUCCGUCAUUGAGGAGCAAUCUGAUAAUGAAGAGUUUUUUCGGAAAAGUAGUCAAUCUAGUAAUAAGAGAACAUUAGAUGAGGAUGUAAAAAAAAGUAGUGUAACUAAUGAUACCGAAGAUCAUUUUUUUGAUCAACACAGUAAGCACUUCGAUAGACGAAAAUUAUUUGAAACUAUAGAAGAGAAAACCACAUUAAUGGAUAUCAAGGAAAUGAUAUCUAAAAAACAUACCACGGAGUACAAAUCAACUAAAACGAGCAAACAAAAUGGAAAUAUAGUUUAUGUUGCUUUUGUCGAAGCCAAACAUUUCCCCAAAAUGGUAACUGAAAUAACGUCUACCAAAAAUCUAUUUGAGCACGAUGUCAAAACGGACAUGAAAAAUAAUGAAAAUAUAAUAUAUGUUGCCGUUGUAGAAGCUCAUGUUUAUACUAAUAAAGAUGCUAUUUUCGAAGAACAAAUGAUAUCGGAAAGUAAGACUUUGGUAGAAGAUUCAAGAAAAAAGAGUGUUGAUUUAGAAAGUACCAAAGAGGUAAAAAUAAUUGAGUCAGAUUCUAAAAAAAUAUCUUUAGCAGAUACUAGUAUCAUAGAACCUGUAACAGUAUCUUUAAUGGUGCAACCAUUGCCGAAUAAGCUAGUAAAAUAUGCACGAAGCGCAACUGAUAUAGAGCAAAUAUCAAAGAAAAUUGCAGUACAAAAUAUAGUUGACGCCAUUGAACCUUUACUUCGACUUGAGACUUGCAAAUUUUCUGAUAAGCAAGCUCAAGCUGUUAUAGAAACACCUAUGAAAGCUAUAGCUGAGACGACAGAUGUGAGUACAGAAGAACAACAAAUUUUCUUUAACGCAGAAGUUAGCUUAACUCAAAAGUCGUUUGUAUCCAUAGAAAAGCCAGAACCAGUAGUUGAAAUUACUGAAAUAACAACUGAAGAAAGCGAAAAUGUCCCCGUAGAGAGCUUAAAGCCGAUUAUCGCGGAACCAGAGUCUAUCAUAGAAAUAGCUGGAAAGAUAGUUGCCGAAAUUUCUGAAGUUAAAACUGACGAAGCUAAAAUAGAAUUAUUCCAAGUUCCUGAAAUAAUUAAUAAAAAACCUAGCAUCGUAUUAGAGAAACCAAUAUUAUCAGUUGCAGAAACAAUAAUGGCAACUGCAGAAUAUAGCUGUGAAGAAAUUAUUGUACCUAAGAUAGUCACAGAUCAAGCUAAAAUAAACAUUGGAACAAAAUUUGCUGCUGAAAUCUCGGAAGUAUCUGUUAUUGAAAAAGAACAUGAUACUCUUAAUGCACAAAAAGUCACUCAAAAACAAAAUGAAACUUUACAUGAAUCUUCAGCCCUUAUGGUUGCAGAAACAACGGCAACCUUUGCUGCUGAACCGAAAGACGAAGCAUUAGAAAUAACUAAAGCAGUAGCUUGUCAAGCUAACAUAGAUAUUCGGGAAUUGAAGGCUACUGAAACAACUCUUGUAUUUACAGAGGAGCCACAUCAUAAGAAUAUUGAAGUGCUUAAAAUUAACCAAAAAUUCACACAAGCUACAUUGGAAAACACGGCUUUUCCAGUUGCUGAAGCUUUAACUAUAUCAUCAGAAGAGCCUAAUAGUGAAAAUCUCAUUAUUCCUCAAGCUAUCACUACUACAUCUGAGCCAUUAAUAGAAAUUCCUAUUUUCAUGGUUCCAGAGUCUAUAACAAUUAUGCCAGAGGGCCCUAAAGAAGAAAACUUUAGAGUGUUGGAACCAGAAAUAAAAAUACCUAAUAUUAAUAUAAGGGAACUCAACCCUGUUGUAUCAAAUGUUGUUUUCCCCGAAGAGCCUAAGGAAGAAAGUUUAAACCUGCCUUAUGCUUCUGAAAAAUUGCCACAAAUUUCAAUGCAAAACUGUCCGUUAACCGUCGCUUUAAGCCUAGCGAUAUUGCUUGCUGGACCAAAGGACAGUAGUUUAAAUAUUCAAAGUAUUAUUACAAGUCAAGCAAAAAGUUUUAUAGAAACGCCAAAUUUAACAGUAGCUGAAGUUUUAACUCAGUUUGUUAAUGGUCCUAAAGAUGGUGACCUUCAGUUUUCAGAAAUUAAAAAAGAACAAAGUAGGAUUACCAUAGAGGAGUUUAUAUCUUUAAUUCAAACCGUUGUUGUCCCUUUAGAUCAAUAUACGAGUUUAGAACUGUCAAAAGUAGGCCAUGAAAGUCCGAAAAUUUCAAUAGAAAAUAAUUUCUUGACAGUUGCUACUGCGUUAGCGAUUUUACUUACAGGGCCUAAAGAUGGAAAUUUUGAUAUUGCUCAAUUUAAUACAAGUGAGGCAGAAGCAGUAAUGGAAAUGCCAAAAUAUACACUUCCCGAAUGCUUAGUUCAACUUCCUUAUGGUCCGAAAGAUGAUUCAUUUGAAAUACCAGAAAUUAUAAAAGGCCAAAAUAAUAUUACCAUUCAAGAAUUUAUAUCACUUGUCAGAUCCAUUGUGAUCCCUUUGGAUCAAUAUACAGAUUUAGAAUUAUUGAAAACUGAUACUAAACUCCCACUUAUUUCUUUGGAAAGCAUUUUUCUAUCAGCUGCUGCGACUACGGCUGUUUUUCUACUUGGUCCAGAUAUUGAUAAUUUUGAAAUUGCCAAAUUAACUCUUGAAAAAGCUAACAUUAAUUUUGAGCAAUUAAGAGCACAUAUAACAAAUUGUGUACACUUUUGCGAACCUAAAGCAGAAAAUCUAGAAAUACCACCUGUCAUUGGAAAGUUACCUCACACCACUAUAGAAAAUUGUCUUUUUGUUCCUGAGUCAUUAGUAGUUAAAACUGAAGACCCUAAGGAAGGCAGUAUUGAAAUUUCAGAGAUAAAAAAAGAAAAAGCUGACACAAUUUUGAAUAAAUUCAAAGCUAUUCAAGUAGUAAUUGUAUUAUUGGCAGAAUAUUUAAAUGAAAAUCUUAAACUUCCGCAAAUAAUAAAGAGACAGCCGCAAGUUUCAAUACAAGAAACUAUAUUACAUAUCGCCAAUGUUCUUGCCGUGUAUACAGAAGAACCGAUAGAUGAGCACUUUGAAGUGACCAAAACGACAAAGCAAGAAGCACGAGUUAAAAUAGAAGAAAUGAAAGCUGCUGAAGUCAAAUUUAUGCCUCUUGAAGAACCUGAGCCAGAAGAGUUAGUGAUAUCAAAGAUAAAUAAGAAACAGCCACAAACAUCUAUUGAAUCCUCUCUUUUAACAGUAGCUCAAAAAUUAGCAAUAUCUUCUGUAGAAUCGGUAGAACAAAGCGUUGAUAUCCGCAAAGCUAUUAGUCAAAAAGCUUCGUCAAAUAUUGAAACAUUAAAAGCUGCAGAAACGUCCAUAAUAAUUUCAGAAGAACCAAAACAAGAAAUAUUUAAUGUUAGUCAAAUUGUAGACAAAAAGGUUAAGCAUUCAUUAGUAGAUACAAAUUUGGUGACAGCAGAAUCUUUAAUUGUACAAGCUGAAGAAAGUACAAGAACAGAUUUAGAUGUUAAAAUGCAAAAGAAUCAACAAGCAAAAAUACAAAUCGAGGAACUUAAAGCCCUUGAAACCACCAUUAUCAACGAUGAGGAAUCGAAAAAUGAAGAUUUCAGGAUACCAGCAAUAGAACUGCAACAAACUGAGGGCAUAAUUGAAAAAUCUUUAAAAUCUGUGGCUCAAGCUUCAAUGAUUACUACAAAUGAAGUUGGAACUGAAAUAUCUGUCGCUGAAAAAGUAAAUGAGAAACAUGUAAGUGUGAGUUACGAAUCGAUGAUACCGGUAGCCCAAACCAUUGUUACCGCCAUUGAAGAAGCGCAUGAUGUAAGCCAAACGUUCAAAUCAAUUAGUAAUUCAGCCAAAAGCACUCUAGUGGAAUCAUCUGUUACUGCAAAGGCUGAAGUUUUAGAGAAAGAUGUCAAUGUGCUUUUAGAGAAGCCACACAUUAAAAAACCAAAAAUUGAAGAAAUUGAAAUUGAAGCAAAUUUGAAAAUUCCAGUAAUACCCGAUGACUCUGUUAGUGAAGUUUCUGCUGAAUAUAGCGUUGAAUUUCCUAAAGAAGAAAACGUGUACGCGGAAUUUGAGUUUGGCGAAAAUAAGAUGGAUGUAGUUUCUGAAAUAUAUGAAUCUAUAAGGCUAAUGAAAAAACAAGCAUUUCAAAGACAAAGUAUGGAAGCAAGUUUAUCCCUUGCAAGAGAGUUACAAACUAAAAUUGAAAUGGUGGAAAUUGAGGCAUUAGAAGAAGAAUUUAUUAGAAGUGGAAGUAUUAGCAGUUCUUCUUCAAUGGCAUCUUCACCACUUACUCCAAUACUUGAAGAAUAUUUCUUCAAUAUCAAAGGGCCAUAUUUGAGGUCUCAAUAUCGAAAUAUUAAAGAUGUUUUUGAAGAAGCAUCAUUAAAGUUGAAAUCUAAAAUCCAAAAAUCUACGAUCCAAAGCUUUGACGCCAGUUUAACAUUAAUUCUACAAGAUUUAGCAAUGGCACAGCUUGAAUCAGAAAUGAAUGAUAUAGAAGUUAUAGAAAUCGAAGAUUAUGAAGAUGUAAGAAAUUUACACUUUUCAACAGCUCUCUUGGCUAGGUCACAAAAACAAUCUGUGGUAUCUUUUAUGUCUUCUGAAGCUAAGUCAUUCGAAGCUAUGCAGUCAUCCUCUUUGUCAGAGAGUGCAUAUGGAUACAGUAUGUCCGUCAUGGAUGCUGCCUUAGAACAAUCAAUUGAAGCUAGUUUAGGUGGUACUAGGCAUGUAUCUCUAGAAUCAACAUUAGCAGGUGAGCAAACAUCAGCACAGACUGCGAUAAUGAACGCCUCCCGAUCUAUGUUAUCUUCAGAUUCAUCGGAAUAUGCUUCAAUUCAAUCUGCAUCAACUAAAGUUAAGAGUUCAAAUAUUUCAGAAAUAGAUUUAGAAUCUGAAAUAGAUGCCAGUAUGCAAAGUAAUGCCAAAGUUAAAACUAGUGGUAAAAUGACAUCUCAAGCAUCAACAUCGAAAAGUAAAUCAAAAGCUAUGAAUUCGAUGCAAAGUAGUGUUUCAGGUUCUGAAAUUAUGGAAACAAGUAUGGAAAUGGAAGGCUCUACAGAAAGCAGUUUAAUGCAAUCUAAGGCUAUGGGUGUUACGGCAAUAGAAGCUGGAACAAUGGAAACGAGCAUGUCAAUAUACUCUAAGGAAAAGAAGAGUGGAAAAGGAUUACGGAAAGCAGACUUAAAGCUAAUACAGUCAGUUGAAUCAAAUAUUUCUGAUUUAUCAAUGGAAUCCGACAAAAAGUUAUUAAUUAAAACUGAUGUGGUAGGAACAGAAGUUAAUGGAAAUGGAAAAACGCCUUCUCCUCCAAUACUUCCUCCAACUCCUCUGACAGAUGAAUACAUAUUCAGGCUACAAACAGAAAUGCCUGGACCUUCAGAGUUUAUUCCGAGAGACUGUUCGAUUAGUCCAGAAAGAUUGGAAGAAGACAUAAUUCUAAAAUGCGGACUAAUUCCACACAUCAAGACGAAAAUA